AUGUUGACGCUUCCUGUCGCCUCGGUCGAAGCCUGCGCGUCCUUCGCCACCUCUCUUGCCACCAGCGCCCGUAGCGCCGCUGCUCGUCGCCUCGGCUCGGCGAAUUUCCUUGGCGGGCAUAAAGGCCUGCUCGCAGCCACUGUCGUGCCAGUCGCGUCCGUGAAGUCUUCUAGGCCGGUCACCACGGAAUCGCUCUUUUCCUUCGCCGGGUGGGGCAAGCCAGCAGCGCCGAUGGCGGCGGCAGGAGUGGCGCAGGAGCCGGAUACGGAUAACCCCGGCGCGGGGCUGCAGUUCGCAGAGUUCGGCGCUGGCUGCUUCUGGGGCGUCGAGCUCGCCUUCCAGCGGGUCCCGGGUGUGGUCAAGACGGAGGUGGGAUACACGCAAGGCUUGAAUGACCAGCCUACCUAUGAGCAGGUGUGCUCUGGGCGCACAGGCCACGUGGAGGCGGUGAGAGUGGUGUAUGAUCCCAAGGAGGUGUCCUACGAGGGGCUGCUUGACGUCUUUUGGAACAGGCACGACCCGACCACUCUCAACCGCCAGGGUGGUGACACCGGCACACAGUACCGAUCAGGAAUCUACGUCUUCUCCCCUGAGCAAGAGGAAAUUGCUAAAAAGUCGCUGGAGGCGAGGCAGGCUCAGAUUGGCAAGAAGAUUGUGACAGAGAUCAUGCCUGCAAAGAAGUGGUAUGCUGCCGAGAGCUACCAUCAACAGUAUCUUUCUAAGGGUGGGAGGUUUGGCUCGGGGCAAUCAGCGGCCAAGGGAUGCACAGAUCCCAUCAGGUGCUAUGGCUAA